AUGGAAGGAGUGAGAGAGAGAGAGUGCGAGACUGAGAAGCGAGAAGCGAGAGAGAACAGUGACGAGGUGGCGGGGGAAGAUGAGAUGACGAUGAUGUCGAAGGGCCAAGAGAGGUCAGGGAAGAGGGAAGAACAAAGUGAGACCGGCGUUGGACAAGCGCGGCGGCCGGAUCGUAUAUAUAUUUCCCAGGGACGGCGGGGGUGGGCGCAGACUAUAGGUACUCUGGAGAGGAGAGAGCGGAUAAGUGAGAGAUUGGAGGAUCAGAGCGGUUUUGGCGGGGCCCGCUAUCAAAAGCGGAUCCGGAAGGGGCGUCCAUCGAGUUACUGUCCGAGUAGGCAAGAAACAUCGCAUCGCAGGAUCGACACACGCCAUGGCCACUGGCCGGUGCGAUACCAUCAUCGUGCCGCCGAGGUGGAUUCCCUGGACGGGGCAAAGCGGAUAGACGGAAACGGAAACGGAAACGGAAACGGAAGCGCAGUUUUGUCGAGAAAGCCUCUGAGAGAUUCGGAGAGUCAGAGCGAGAUGAGAUGCGGUAGAAGCGAAACGAUGCCGUCGAACCAUGUGGGAACCGCCAUCAUCGCCGGUCCCAAAGGCGUGAAGCCACCUCCAGCCGCCAGCGCAGGGACCGCCGUGACGCCGUGCCACUCGCUGCAACGAGCUGCAACUCCCGCCCCGGUGCGGGAGCCUCAGGAGUCAGGCAGCCCCCGGCUAAGGCCACUCGAGCCCCAUUAUGACGUCACGCCCACCCCUCGGCGCCUUAGCCUGACGCCUAUGCCGCAUCCGGCACCGCACGAACCAGGAGCCCACGGUGCGCCACCAAGCCCACCCGCCCACAGAUGCUGCCGACGUGGUGCAGCCCAGCGGGCCCCACUUGUGCCCCCAGUGCCCCACCAGCUGCAGACCUUUGCCGGCCCGGCUUGCCCACUUCAGGAACACGCCUCACCAGAUGCCGCAACGCGCAGAUGCCCAGCCCGCGCUAACGGGAAGCGAAUAAGCGAUGCGCCCCACGCGGCGGGUCCCCCAGGAGCGAAAUAUGCGUGCACGGCGUCACCGCGCAGCAGUAGUCGUGGCCCGUAA